AGUUUGGCCUCCCAUUUUGGGCCCCAAAUAUGAUGGAAAAUAUCUUCACAAAGUUCUGGAAGACAAGUUGGGAGAGACUCGUUUGCAUCAGACUUUAACAAAUGUUGUCAUUCCAACUUUUGACAUGAAGAAAUUUCAGCCAAUAAUAUUCACCAAAUCGGAGAUAGCAAACUCACCUCAUCUGGAUGCUAAGAUGUCUGACAUAUGCUAUGGUACCGCUGCUGCUCCAACUUAUUUUCCUCCAUAUUACUUUGAGAAUGAUGAUGGUAAAGGAAAUCAGCAUGAGUUCAAUCUUAUUGAUGGUGGUGUUGUUGCUGUCAAUCCGGCCUUAAUUGCCGUAAGCACAGUAACCAAAAGUGUGGAUCCAUCAGUUGCUUCUAUAAAGCCAUUGGACGUCAAACAAGUUUUGCUGCUCUCAUUAGGGACUGGCACUACUGCAGAUUUUGCUGGGACAUACACAGCAAAGGAGGCAGAUAAUUGGGGUCUUGUUUCCUGGCUAUUUCAUAAUAAUUCGAACCCUCUUAUUGAAAUGUCAUCUGAAGCAAGUGUUAUUAUGAAUGAUUAUUACAUCGCCACCAUCUAUCGCGCUCUUGGUGCUGAAACGAAUUACCUCAGGAUUGAA